AUGGCAACCCGUUUCAGCGCGAUCCGCGCCCUCCAAUUCGACCGAAACGUGGCCGUGUCGUCCAGCGUGCCGACUCCUCUCCGAGGAGAGCCGUCACAAUCCUAUCUCUCCCGCGCCCCCACCUCGCGCUCUCCAUUAAUUCAACUCACCCACCAUCGGUAUCCACAGGGGUCUGGACCUUUCCAUCCCUUCAGCUUGAAACGCGCAGCCUUGUCACCGUUGCUCGAUCGUCCCGUUUCUGCUCCCUCCAAUCUCUGCACGCAAACUCCCCAUCCCCCCCUCCACUCCUCGCUCGCUCCCACCGCCAACCAUGUUGCACCCUCAGAAGCAGGUCCAAGUCCCGUUGUCCAUCGCAUGCAGAUUCGGUCCGUCUCUCUCCUGAUCAUCUUCAUCUUUUCACCCAUCAUCAUCCGUCCCGCAGUUGCGAUGGAUCAGUGGCUUGUCGCCCACUUUGAUACUUCUUGGAAGGUCGCACAAGUAAAGCAGUACAUCCUUUCCAAAGCCUCCACCCAGCCCGCUUCAAAUCACUUCUCCUUUCCCCCCCGACAUCGCCCUGUAUCUCCCAUCACCUUCGCUUCCAUCUCUCGUUCUCGCCGUUCUAUCGACAACCCCUCCGAGCUAUCUUUUGAUCUCGGCGAUGCGUUCGACGACGACUCGGAUCUCGAAAUCGACUCCUCCAGACACCUCCCUUCCAAGCCCCUCAUCGAACCUACCAGCUCUCCUCUUACCGCCCACGCUACGACCCGUUAUGCCCUCAUCAUGUUCUCCACCGGUCAGCUCAUGGAAGACGACUACUCUCUCUCUUGGUAUCAGCUUCGCCCCUACGAGCUCUUGGAGCUUCAUCCUCCGGGCGCCAUCGUCCGCCUUCCACGUGAAAAUAUACCCGAGUACGUCAAGCCCUACUUCGAAGCCAGGGUCAAAGCGCUCAGGGUCAUAUGGACAGAGAAGGAGCUCAGGGCGGAAAAGGAUAGACCGAGGCCCGGUCAAAGUCCCGCAGACACCUCGCCUGUGAUCCGCAAGCGCAAGAAAACCAAGCUCGAGUGGCGGGAGCGGUGGAUCAUCAUCCACCAAGGCAUGCUCAACCUCUUCAAGGACCGUUCUUCUUCCAUUCCGAUCCAUUCCUCCCCUCUGAGCUCCUUGCGAGCCCUUCGCAACGCAGAAGACGUUCUAGGCGUGUCGGCAGGCACUCCCCAGAGCUCCCGUGUCGUGUGCGCAAAAUUCGCUCCUGCAGAACCCACCUACAGCCCUGAUCGGUCCUACGAGCCUCCGGUCUCUCCCAUGGCGGAUGCAUGGCACGAUCCGUGGACCGGCAAUGUGAUCGAGAGUCGAGAAAGUGAAGACGGGUCAGGACCGUGGGGUCGAAGAGGGUCGAAAGAUGACACGUUCAAAGGCCACAAGGAGAGGCGAUGGGGCUCUAGUGGGGAGAGUAGGCCAGAUUCCAGACCUGGGAUGGGGUCCGUGCACGACAUCCCCCUCGACGACGAUACACAAGGUAUUUGGGUCAUUCUCGAUUUGCUCGAAGACGUCGCGUACGCCAACUUUCUCCGCAUCCUCCACCGCCACGCUCCAGACUCUGUCAGCUCGACGUUUGUGCCGAACAAGGCCUCCGCAAAAGCAUCCACCUCGGGCAACAGGUUUUCUCCCGCCUCGGCUGCGCCGCUUCCAUAUCCAGAAUGGCGAAGGGACGUCACGGAGCGGGCGCAGAGGGCAGGCAUGGGCGACAUUGGCCAGGCGAUGAGCUACAUCAAGUGGGGUGACAAACGUCAGCGAACACUCUCAGUCGCGUCGACAGAGAGAAUGCGAAGACCGAGCGUGGUCACGCGCGAUGCUGAUGACGAGCUGCAUGGGACCAUGGAGUUUGGGUCAGACGACGGCGGAGACAGCGAUGAAGGGCUCAUGAGUGAGAUCGAGUGGGACGCCUGGAUGCAAGACCUCGAGCGGCAGAGUCGCGUGCGUGCCCUGGAGCCCGCGUCAGAGCCUCUGACCCCAUUUCCUCACCUUGCGGAGUCUCGCCGCCUCUCGCAACCUCAUUCGGCAGUCUCAAGCCCAUCUUCGAUCCAGUCCUUGUCGCCGCACACGCCGGGCAAGCCGGCGUCAACGUUCCUGAACACCAUGUCUUCCAUCCACUCACAGAAGAAUCGGCCAUACUCCCCGCUUGCUCUCGAUGCGGGGCACGGCGGUCUCGAUCCCCUCUCUGCCCUUUCUCCCGCGCUGCUCACCGCCCACUCUGUCGUCCAUGGGACGAACGGGCCGCUCACAGGCACCACGACGAGCACCGUUUCUGCAGGCGGCGUCGUGCGUGCGCGUUCGCUGGCUUCAACAAACGAGGAUGGGCGGGGGAGAAACAAACCUCAGGCCAUGGAAAUCUUGCGAGAGGACGGGUCGGCGCACGGGAUCGCGAAGAAACUCAGCAAGAGCAGGUUGGGGAAGAAGAUGCGGGACAGGAAGGACGAAGACAGGGACAGGGACAGGGAGAAGGAGCGAAGCAGGCUGUUGAGCAACGCGUCGGCGGCGCAGCCGCUUCGAAUCGUGCCGCCAUCGUCUUCGAUGCAGCCGACCUUCUCUCCGAUGAUCCUGACGCAGGACGAUCCAUCCGACAUCCGUCCCCGGUUGAGCGCGGUCUUGGCCCCUUCGAGCAGCUUCGGCUCGACGGCAGGGUCUCUCAUGGGCGAAUCGUCGUUGUUCCAGGAUGCAGCUUUGGAGGUCUCGGAUGGUGGCGACAGCAAGAGCUCGGGAAGCCGCAGGACAGAGGGAGAAGAUAAAGCCAACCGCCGGAAUAUUUUGAUGAAGGGCGUGUCGCAUGUGGUCAAGAGAACCAAGGCGUUCAGUCCUGAGAGACUCGUGAAGGAAUUUGAUUCUGCGUUGGACUUCGUAGAUGGUCGUUGAUGAAGGCCGGUUGUUGUCGUUCUAUUUCUUGGGUUCUACUAUCAUUAUGGUGAUUAAACUUGCGUCUGCUCUCGGUGUAUUAGUUAUAAUUAUCGUAGCAAUAGGUAUCAGCCAGAUUCGCGCCUUG